UGAUGGACAGGCUCUGCCUUAUGGGUUUUGGUUAUGGUUAUAGGCAUGGCUCAGUGCCUCAGUCUGCCAGCAACAACCGACUGUGAUGGUGUGCUGUCCACUGAACAACGUGACGCAUUUUUAAAUGUGUUAGUUUUUAACCAAUAUUAUUCACAUUGGAUUCGGAUUCGCUUUAAUAACACAUGUUUGUGAAUUUCCAUUGUGUCUGCAAGGGAAAUUGAUACUUCCAAAAUGCUAUUUAAACGUGAUCUUCUAUUCUCUGUGUUGAUUAUAUGGACCUUCGCUGCUCUCCUAUCAAAUGUUGAAGCUAAAGUUCAAUUCAAAGUGAAAUGCUCAGAGGAAUCGAUGGUGGUUGAGCUACGAAAGACUGACGAUGUUAAAGAUAUUUUUCUGGAGAAUUUGAAACACUAUCCAGAUCCGGCUUGUCAUCCUGUGAUUGAGGGAUCUUUGGCGACAUUCAAAUUAAGUUUAAGUGAUGUUUUCCAAUGUGCUGUGACAAGAUUACGGAAUCAAGCUACUGGAGUGACCAGCUAUUAUCAUAAGAUAUUUGUUGAAUCUGAAAAUCAAAAAGAAAUCAUCCAUGUGAAAUGUAUAGAAUUUGCUGAUCAGCGAAUGAAUCACACUAUAGUAAGGAGAAACGUAUUACCAGCUGGAUUCCAAGAGCCCGACACCUGCAGCCUCCUCAGCUGCGCCGCUCGGCUCGUGUCUCCAUCCUCCUGUCGGGGAUCGCCUUCCUCUUCACAGCUGACGUCUCCCGGUGCUCUCAGCUCUCUCCCAAAAUUCAGGAAAGCGGGAGUAUACUUGGUACCAACAUGUACUGCUGUAUUCAUGGCGAAACAGAAUUCCUCCAUAGAUCUGGAGAUAACGACUUCUUUGACAUCGCGAGCACCUGAGCCUCAGCUCGGUGUUGGAGUCAGACAGGGCGGUCAACUGCUUACCGGUGAACUGAAUGUCAACUCCGGCACACCUCUUCAGAUGGAGAUUUUUUUGGACAAAAGUUCUGCUCCGAUUUACGGAUUACUUGUUAGCUACAUGCAAGUAACUGAUACGAAAAAACAAGAGGAAACCAUAAUUUUCAACGGGUGUUCGGUGGAUCCUUAUUUGUUUGAGAAUUUCAACACUGUUGAUGGUGAUUUCCUCGCCGCAAAAUUUAGAGCUUUUAAAUUUCCAGAAUCAACUUACGUACAAUUCAAAGGCACCGUUAAUGUCUGCUUGGAUAAAUGUAGAGGGGUUGAAUGUAGCAAUGGACAAGUUGGUUAUGGAAGGAGAAAGAGGGCCGUCCGUCAAAUGCCACAUGAUCCAAACAAGAUUUUUGAGAUGACUAUCACUUCUUUCAUCAAAGUAAACUAUAAGGGUGACAGUCUUCUAGAGAAAGCAAAAUUGGACUCCGGAUUGGAACAGACGAAGGACAUGACUGCAGCCGGAACUCAGAACAAUGAUGUAACUCAGCAACAUCUCAAGUUGGAUACAGAAGAAAUAAGAGAGGACCUUAUGUACACAACUCUUAUCGAGGAAAAAAAUGCCAGUACAUCUCUAAUCAAUAUGCCAACUCUAAUAAUGGGCUCAAUAGUCUUUGUCUUCGCAUUGAGAAACCUCUUUUCCAACUAGAACCAACUUAUAUGUCUUUUUCUAGCAAAGCUAUAAGCUAUUGACAAAUAUAUUUGCAUUUUAUUUCAAGCUGGAA